AUGGUAAAAGAAAAUUGUCAUCGUUGUACUAAACCUGUAUAUCCAACUGAUAAAGUUGGACCUUUAAAAGAUUCAACAUUUUUUCAUCAUGGUUGUUUUAAAUGUUAUAUAUGUGGUACACGUUUAGCAUUGAAAACAUAUUUUAAUAAUCGAAAUAAUAUUGAAGAUAAGGAAAUUUAUUGUUCAAAUCAUGUACCAAAUGCAAAUCCACAUGACUUACCUGUAUUAACUAAUAGAAAUAAAAGUUCAACUGAUAUUGUUAAAUCAAAUGUUAGAGGAUAUAAAAAUCAUCCAGCAGAUGCUGGUAUUGCUGAUUUAAAAAUUGCACAUGCUAUUAAAGCUACACAAGUUGCUAAACCAUAUCCUAAAAUUAUUCAUGGUGGAGCUAAUUAUGUUGUUGAUUAUGAUACUCAAACAAGAUUAGAAUUAAUUCAUAGAGAAAUGGAAGAUAAAUUAUAUGAAGAAUUUAAUGAUGAACGGCAAAGAGAAAUGAGAGAAUUUGAAAAAGAAACUAAAGAAGAAUGGGAAAAGGCAUUAGAUGAAUUUGCUAAAAAAUAUCAUAAAGGGCAAGUUAAAGAAAAUAAAAGUAAAGAAGAAUUAAUAAGAUGUUUAACAUUAAAACGUGAAAAAAAAUUAGAAACAUUAAAUAUGAAAAGAAGAGAGAGAGAAAGAAUGAAAACUGCUGAGUUAGUUGAUAAACAGGCUAUGGAAAUGCUUGAAUUAUUUAGGCAAGCACGUAAUAAUGAUAAUGUUUAUGAACAAAAUAAUGAAUCACAAUAUACUUAUCAAUAUCCAUUAACACCACCACCACCAACACCACCAUUAUGUAGUAAAAAACAUAUAUAUACAGAAACAACAAUAUUUGAAGAAAUUGAUAGAAUUGCUAUUUCUGUAGCACAAUCAAAUGUAUGUACAUUUACUGAUCUUAUAAGGUGUUUAACAGUUGAUGUACGAAAUGAUAUGGAUAAAGCAAGAGCAAUAUAUAGAUGGAUUACAGUAAAAAAUUUAAAUGUUAUGAUUUUUGACAAUAAUAUUGAAACAGAUACACCAAUGGGAUUAUUAAGAGGAAUUAAAUAUGGUACAGAAAGUUAUCAUGUAUUAUUUAAAAGAUUAUGUGCCUAUGCUGGUCUUCAUUGUGUUGUUAUUCGUGGUUAUAGUAAAUCAGCUGGUUAUCAACCAGGUUACAAAUUUGAUGAUUCACGUUUUAGAAAUACAUGGAAUGCUGUUUAUUUAGAUGGUUCAUGGAGAUUUGUUCAAUGUAAUUGGGGUGCUAGACAUCUUGUUAAUGCUAAAGAUUCAUCUAAUAAUAAUAAUAUUAAUAAUAAUCCACCAUCACCAAAAGAUUCUAAUUUACGUUAUGAGUAUGAUGAUCAUUAUUUUAUGACUGAUCCAGAAGAAUUUAUAUAUGAAUUUUUCCCAUUAGAUGAAGAAUGGCAAUUAUUACGUAAACCAAUAACAUUACAACAAUUUGAAAAUUUACCAUUUGUUAGAUCUCUAUUUUUUAAGUAUGGUCUUAAAUUUGUUGAUCCAAAUAUACCAGCAAUUAUUAAUUCUGAUGAUUCUGGUGCUGCAACAAUAUCAUUAAAUAUGAAAAAUUCUGACUCAAAAUUUCUUAUAUUUCAUUAUAAUUUAAGAUUUUUUGAUUCAGAUUCAUGUGAAAUUAAUGGAUAUAAUAUGAAACGUUUUGUUAUGCAAUCAAGUUUAGGUGAUACAAUUAUUUUUAGAGUUCAUUGCCCAUCAACUCGACCAAUGUUAUUAGAUGUCUUCGCAAAUCAAGUCUUACCUGAACACUAUUUGACAGGUCAACCUAUCAAAUUUAAAAGUGUUUGUAAAUUCAAAAUACAAUGUAAAAACUUGAAUGUAAUUAUGGUACCAUUACCAGAAUGUGCUUCAGGUGAAUGGGGACCACCUAAAGCAUACAGAUUAUUUGAAUUAGUACCUUUAACACAUGAAGAUCCUAUUAUAACAUCUGGUCAACAUUUGGAAAUUAAAUUUAAAAUGUUACAACCACUGGCUGAAUUUGUUUGUUCUUUACAUAAAAAUAAUGUUGAUGAUCGAAGAUUACAAAAAUGUUGUAAAACAAUUAUUUAUGGUGAUGAAGUAAGCAUUAGAAUAGAAUUUCCAGAUGAAGGACAAUAUGGAUUAGAUAUUUAUACCAGAAAUUCUAAAAAACCAAAUAUCAAUGGAAAACAACUUCUUACUCAUUGUUGCAAAUAUUUAAUUAACUCACGUGCCUAA